GUUGCCCGUUCCGCUUCGCCGAGAUGUCCAAGGAUGCAAAUCCAACGCUACUGUUUGCGUCCUACGGAAGCCUGCGUGGCCAAAGAGACGCGGAAGGAGGGAGCAAACAGAAACUACGUCUGAAUUUAUUCCCUCAAAACUAUUUUACUCAAAAUCAGAUUUAAUUACAGUUUAACUUAAUCUGAGUCUGUUACUUUGAGUUACAUUUGUCUCCUUCUCGGCUAACUCCGCCUGUAGCUAGCACUGACUAGCUGAACUUAGCUUGUGGUCCGUGUCGCCGUUGCUGCGGUCGGUAAACGUUAACCGGAGUUUAUUCGUGACCUCUGCGGGGAUUCGGUUUAAGUGUGAACCGCUGGAAGAUGUCGGAGGGCGGCGGGUUCCGGUGGACCGUGGUGGUCCUGACCUGCCAGCACAAAGACAGCGUGUACUCAUUUCAGAGAGAGCUGGAGCUGAGGCAGCAGAGGGGAACUCUGUGUCGGGAUGCGCUGGUUUUAACGGUGCAGGACCGUCAGGAGCCUCUGGGCAGUGGAGGAGCGACGCUCAACGCUCUGCUGGUGGCGGCCGAACACCUGAGCAGCAGAGCCGGACACACGGUGGUCACGGCCGACGUCCUGGACGACGCCCACGUCCUCAUCCUCCACACGGGUCGAGAUUUUCCCUGGAGCUCCUGCAGCCGAGCGUUCUGCUGGCUCCCCCAGGACGAGGCCGACCGGGACGUCCAGGCCCCGGUCUGUGUCCUGGACCUGCUGCUGGACCGACUCAGCUCCCAGAUCUGUCCUGGUUCUCCUCCCGGUGUUUGGGUCUGCAGCACCGACAUGAUCCUCAGCGUCCCUCCUGACUUCGCUCUGUCCUGGGACGGUUUCUCAGGGGUCCGGGUCUUGGCGUUGCCGGGGGACGUGUCCUACGCCACCGAUCACGGAGUCUACUUGUCGGACUCACAGGGUCGGGUCAGAGACGUGAUCUACCGAGGAACCAGGGAGCAGAUCCAACGGGCGGCCAUGUCUGAUGGGAACGUCCCGCUGGUGUCUGGUCCGGUCUUCUUCAGCCGCUCGGUGUCGGAGAAGUUACUGCAGACUCACGUCACUCCUCCUCUGGACGGCUGCACCUACCUGGGCCUGGACUCUGGAGCUCCGCCCCUCCAGAUCUCUCUCUUCCUGGACGUGUUGAAGUGUCUCUGCUCGGAUCAGAACCAGAACCAGUUCGUGAACGAGGAGCGAGCUGGAUGCAGUUCAGUGCUUGGACCAAAGGGGGCGUUGGUGAGGAGCGGCAGGACGGAGCUGUGGAGGAUCCUGAGGGGGGCUCCACUCAGCCUGGCGUACGUCCCUGGUGGUUGCUAUGACUACCUGACUCUAUCUGGGCGGGGCCACGUCGACCGACUGACGCGUGAUUGGACAAAGAGAGACACUCUGUCCCACAUCCAGAGAGAGAGCCGGGUGAGUGACGGAGGUCGGGUGAUCAACAGCAUCCUGGAGGGAGACGUUGCCGUGGCGACCGGAGCGGUAGUGCAGCACUGCCACCUACAGGGUCCUCUGGACGUCCCCUCAGGGUGUCUCCUGUCGGGUCUGGAGGCGUCGGUGUCGUCCUGCCUCAGGAAGUUGGCGCUCAGCAGUGACAUCAUCAUCCAGGGACACCGCAUUGAGCUGGGGGAGCUGAGGCUGGAGGUGUUCACGGUGAUCGGAGCUUAUGACGACCUGCAGGUCUCCUUUGAUGACAGUAACUCCUCCUUCCUCAACCAGUCGUGGAGUCUCCUCUGCAGUAGGACGGGGGUCCAGCCGGAGGAGCUGUGGCUCAGAGGAGAACAGCGCUCCCUGCUGGAGGCGCGUCUCUUCCCGGUCCUCCUCCCCAGAGGAGGCGCUGUGGGCCUGGAGGGAGGUGUCGGCUGGCUGCUGGGGGGCCCCGGCUGCCUGAAGAGGUGGAGGGAGGCGUGGAGACUCUCUCUGAGGGAGGUGCUGUCCCUCACCCACCAGGAGGCGGAGCUCCGGUGGAGGGAGGAGUUGCUGUACCUGGCGGGGAGGAGGAGGGUGACGGAGGCUCUGAGGAGUCGCUCCGACGUCUGUCUGCUGCCUUGCUUCAGGGCCGCGGUGCUGGGGGGUCAGCAGGAGGCGCUGCUGGAAACGCUGGACAGAAUUGCGUCGGGGAGCAGGGAGGAGGGGGCGGAGUCUGGAGCAGAUCUGGGCGUGGCCGCCCGCUGUCUCUCCUGCAUUGCCGACGUGUUGGUGUGUAUGGCGGGGGGGCGGGGAGGUCUGAGGAGUGGACCGGCUGCUAACGAGGCCUGGACCUCGGCCUACGUCCUCCUGGAGGAGGGAGACCUGGGGGCCGGAGUCCGAGCCCUGGCUCUGCAGAGGCAGCGCUGGCUCAGCAGGCCGGACCUGCUGGUGCGAGCGGCGAGACAUUACGAAGGUGCAGGACAGGUGCUGCUACGACAGGCUGUGAUGUCAUCGCAGAGGUUCAUCUCGAUUGGCCAGGGGCAGGCCCCGCCCCUUGGGGAGUGGCAGGAAGUGCAUUGUCCGGCCAGACUGGACCUGGCAGGCGGGUGGAGCGACACUCCGCCCAUCGCCUUCGAGCACGGCGGCUCCGUGACCAACGUGGCCGUGAAGGUGGAUGGGAAGCGUCCUAUCGGGGCGCGGGCCCGUCGCAUCCCAGAGCCCCGCCUCCGCCUGGUCACCUGCAGCGGAGGGCGGGACAGCCCCGCCUCCACGGAGGUGGUGUGUGAGAGUCUGGACCACCUGAAGGACUACUGUCAGCCUCACGCCCCGGGAGCUCUGCUGAAGGCCGUGUGCGUCUGCAGCGGUUUGGUGUCUCUGACCUCCCAGGAUCCUCUGGGGCAUCAGCUGAUGCAGCGGUGGGGGGGCGGCGUGGAGCUCCACAGCUGGUCUGAUCUUCCCACCGGAUCUGGACUGGGUACCAGCAGUAUCCUGGCGGGGGCGCUGUUGGCAGCCGUCUACAGAUGCACCGGCCGAAGCUACGACACAGACUCUCUGAUCCACGGGGUCCUGUACCUGGAGCAGAUCCUCACCACAGGUGGGGGCUGGCAGGACCAGGUGGGAGGUCUGGUGGGCGGGGUCAAAGUGGGUCGGUCGAAGGCGUCUCUGCCGCUGCAUGUGGAGGUGGAGCGUCUCAGCCCCCCGGACGACUUCCUGGUUUCUCUGGAGAACCACCUCCUGCUGGUUUACACCGGGAAGACUCGACUGGCUCGAAACCUGCUGCAGGACGUGGUUCGGAGCUGGUACAGCCGCCUUCCCUCCAUGGUGCUGAACGCUCAGCAGCUGGUGGCCAACUCUGAGGAGAGCAGCAGAGCCUGUUCACAGGGUUCUCUGUCCAGACUGGGCCAGUGUCUGGACCGGUCGUGGCAGCAGAAGAAGCUGAUGGCUCCGGGCUGUGAGCCGGCCUCAGUCAGGGCCAUGAUGGAGGCGCUGAGGCCCCUGGUCCUGGGUCAGAGUCUGGCCGGCGCCGGGGGGGGCGGCUUCCUCUACCUGCUGACCCGGCAGCCCCGGCAGAGGGAGGCGGUGCAGACGGUCCUCAAGGAAACACCGGGUCUCGGAGACGUCAGCGUCCACUCGGUGCAGCUGGACAUGGACGGUCUCACGGUGCUGUCCCCGUCCUCCGUCUGAUGGGUGGAGGUCUGCAGGGGGACGGAGGAGGAAGAGCCUGAGGGUGGAGGUCUGCAGGGGGACGGAGCAGGAAGAGCCUGUGGGUGGAGGUCUGCAGGGGGACGGAGGAGGAAGAGCCUGAGGGUGGAGGUCUGCAGGGGGACGGAGCAGGAAGAGCCUGUGGGUGGAGGUCUGCAGGGGGACGGAGGAGGAAGAGCCUGAGGGUGGAGGUCUGCAGGGGGACGGAGCAGGAAGAGCCUGUGGGUGGAGGUCUGCAGGGGGACGGAGCAGGAAGAGCCUGUGGGUGGAGGUCUGCAGGGGGACGGAGGAGGAAGAGCCUGUGGGUGGAGGUCUGCAGGGGGACGGAGGAGGAAGCAGCGAUGAUGCUGGAAUCAGUUGUUAUUUCCAUCAUGAAGGGAGCGAGUCUACGAUCAGGAUCUAGAUCAGAGGCUGUGGAGCCAAGAUGACGCUGGGUUUGCUCCUCAGACUUCACACAGACUCGAGACUCGUUCUUUAAACGUUAAUGAAUGAACUAGUUUGAUUUGUUUCCUGAUGAAAAUAAGAAAUAACUCAUCAUGUGGUGACAUAGAGGCGGAGGCUGGAUAUGGAAACAAGGUUUAUUAGUAAAUGUGAAUCUAUUUCUAAAUGACUCUGUGUUGAUUCAUUAAAAAGUCUGAAUGAGGACACGUC